AUGAAUUUUCAGGAACUUAUCAAUGCGGUUAAUAUAAAUCCUAUAUCGAAUGAUAUUCUUCAACAAAUGACAGUACUAUUCAAAUAUAAAAUUGAUCAAUCAUUAUCAUUAUUUAUUUCGGAAGAAUAUCAAUCAUUAUUUGUUUUAGAACACAAAAUAUGGCAAAUACUUAGUCAAGAUUGGUCUAAUCAUCCACGUUAUUUAGAUUUCUUUCAAACAUUUGCAUUAUUUAAUAAACAACUUAUUUUUGAACAAGAAACUAUCUCGCUUGAUAUUAAAACAUCACUUCUUAUUCCUGAAAAUAUUGAUUUAAUUAAUAAUAUAUUCGAACAAAUUGAACAAAAUACUGAUGAUAAUAAUUUAUUAAUUACGAUAGCUAGUCUUUGGUUUGAUAAUCUUUCAUUUUUUGUAAAUGAAUAUCCUUCAAUUGGUCAUAUACCUGUUAUUAUUCAUAUUAAUGAAUGUAUUGCAAAUAAAUUUAUUCUCAGUGAAAAUUUUCAAUUUUAUCUACGUCAACUUCAACAACCACAAUUAUUACCAUUAAUAUUUUCAGCUAAACAAUUAUUCUAUGUUAAAACAUGUACACUCUCUUUGAGUGCAUGUUUUAGCAUUAAUUCGAAUAAGCAUCAUUAUAUUUCAGGACAAGUUCUUAAAAAUAUUGGUCAUGAUUAUUUGAAAAUAAUACAGAUUCAAAGUUUUACUGUUGAUUUAUGGAAUAAAGAAAUACUUGCUUGUAUAGCUCAUCUCAUUGGUUUUAUGCGUUUAUUUCUUUGGUGUGGUUCAGGAAAAGAACUAAAAUUUAAAGAUCUUUUUCCAACAGAAAAAAUAUUGUGUGCUUAUAUACAAGACUUAAUUCGUAUAAUUGAUUAUAAACCCUAUUAUAAUUGUAUUAUGGCACAAUGGCAUAAUGAUGAAACAAUUCUAAUUGAUUCUAUACUACUAUCUUUAAUGAAUAUUAUAGAAUUACAAAAUAUAAAUUGGUUCUUUCGAUCAAUGACACAAUUACCAGAUAUACUUCUAACACUAGCUGAAACGUCUAAAUAUUAUCGGAUCUAUUUAUGUGCUUAUGGUAUAUUAGGCGAAGUUCUUACUGAUGAACAUUUAAAAGCAUUGAAGAUUACCGAUAAUAUACGAGAUUUUUUCUUUACUAUGCUUGAAGAAGCAUGGUAUGAUCCAUCAAAAGAAUAUAAAAAUAUUCCUGUUGCUUAUUUCUUAAGAGGUAACAUUCAUAAACUAAAUUUGUCUUAA